UCACUGUCACAGCAGAUAAGCAACCUUCAAGAUGGAUAAAUUCAAAACGGUCCUCAACAUUGCUCAAAAACAGCAGGAAAGCUUGAGUUUGGGACUUGUUGCCUUGUUCACCGCUGGCGGGGAACAGAUUUUUUCGAGUGUGGUUUUCAAGUGCCCAUGCAGUGACUGGAACUUUGCCUAUGGAAUGGUGUUCCUCCUCGUGCCUGCUUUGGCACUUUUAGUCUUAGGCUACAGCCUCAGCAAUAGGACAUGGAAGUUGUUCACAGGAAUAUGUCUCCGCAAAUCAAAGUUUCGCUGCAAAAACGUUUUCGGGUUUUGGGUGGUCCUCUUUCAGAUCACCACGAAGGCCAUGGUCGCUCCUGUCAGUUGGAUUGCAGUCGCAUUGCUGAACGGCAACUACUUUGAAUGUGCCAUGACCGGCGUGAAUAUAACGGUUUUCAACAAUCAACUGUGCCGUGGGAAGCACCAGCAGUGCCAGGCAGAGCUGCCGCUCUUUCCUUGUAAAGGGGGUACCGUGCCAUCCGCGGACAAGGAUGCGGUGCUGUCAAUUCUUCGCGCCCAGUCGCAAAUCUUGGGUUGGUUGCUGAUUGCGUCUAUCCUGGUGUCCAGCCUGCUGCUGGUCUGUGUGUCCAGAUGCAACUCCCCUGUCAGCUACCUGCAGCUGAGUUUCUGGAAGUCCUACGCCCAGCAGGAGUGCACGCUGCUGGAGACCUUCUCCGAAGGCCACGCCCGAGAGCUGGCCCAGAGAAACCUGAAGAGCUUCUUCCAGCUGCAGCCUCCAGAGCCCAUCACCACCCCGUCUAACCAGGCCUGGCAGAAGAUCUCCAACUUUUACCGUUUCAACACCCGGGACCACUACUACAGCAUGCUUCACCAAUAUGUGGAUAACUGCCUGGGGCACGGGGAGGAGGAACUGAAAAGGACCUUGUCCAUCCGUUCAGAUGGUCCAGAUGCUAACACCCCAGCAGUGCUGGACUUUGUGGACGGUGCUGGGAUGCUGUGAAUGCAGAGGAUUUUGAUGGUAAUAGCAAAUCAUAUUAACAAAAGGGCUAUACAAAUAAAUUUGAUUUGAUUUGAUUUGAACAAACAAAAAAAUGUCAACAUUUAUUAAUUACAUGAAAAUAAACAGUAUGAAUGUACAUUAUAAUAUAAACAGAUAGGUUUCUUUCUACACUUGUGUGGCUUAAUCUUUCCUGAGCCUAUAUACUUCACUUACAUUUGCUUCAAUCAGGAAAUGAAACCCAGACUUGCUUCCUGUGAGCGCUGAACCACAAACAGAGUGUGUGUGUAUAGUAUUGACAUACUAUAUGUUCAUACUACAUACUAUAACGGACAUGUUAUAUCUUAACAAUCACCAAACAAAUGUUUGUUAAACUAGCCUUUACAGCAUUGCUCAUCAUGUUCUUGUCCAUGCUAAUGCAAAAAAAUACUCACAUUAAAUUACAUUAUCUCUGAAAAAACCUCUGAAUUAUUUAUGAAUGAGCAGGGGUGGUUGGGUUGGAUGAAGCCCACUUCAAACUCCAUGUUGUCCAACUCCACUGAUUGUAUUUGUGUCAUGUGAAACUGAAAUCAAAUGUAAAAACUGCAACCAACAUCAUCUUAGCGCCUGGCCCAACUGUGUGAGGCUUUUAAUUCCAGUGUUAUAGAAGGUA